AUGUCUUCGGACCAACAAAAAAAAAGUUCGUCGGAAAAAAAAUCUUCUGCUCCUAACUACCAUGGUGCCACAUCUCAAAGUGCUGGUUAUGGUUAUCGACGCUUCCAAAAUGCUCCAAAGAAACAACUCAAACUUCAGAAAUCAUUAGCAGUAACUAAUAAUGAUGAGAUUGAAAGCAUGGAACAUAGUUCUGCUACUGUACCUAUAUCAAAUGCAAGUGUAGAAGAGAAAGGUUUAACAAAAAGAAGAAAUAAUGGUGCUUUUUCUGCAUUGUCACUAAAGAUUUCAAAGAGAAAAGUGUGUAAAUAUUUUGCCACUGAAAAUUCGUGCUAUUUUGGAGAGUACUGCCGAUUUUUACACAUAAGGGAUGAAACUAUUGAUAACAAUUUUGAUUCUGUCCCAUCACAUAUCAAUCCAAAACCUACGAGAAUUGUAGUUCGACCAAAUAUAACAGCAAUAAGUAGAGACGAUAUUGGAAAAACAGAACAAUUAGAUAUCCGAAAUUCUGAAUUUAAUUAUUUUGGUCGAAGAUUUCAUGAUGCAAAGUUUGCAUAUGAUGGCAGUUCGUAUUUUAUUGAAUUCGACUACAAAAUAACAGAUCCUGAUUGGGUUUUCGAUGUAAAAACUAUUGGACUGCGACUGAAAAUUCCAGAACAUUAUCCAUGUGAAUUGCUUAUGGUAACCUUGAAUCAACCAACUUUACCUGUGCCACUUGCUUCGCACUUCAACAAAGAAGUUAAAAAAUUCCUGGAGGAAAAGUUUAUGGAAGCAAAGAAAUGCGACACUUAUGUCGGUAUCGGUAAAAUGUUCAUUCGUUGGUUGGAUCGUAAUAUUUUAAAGUUUUUUGUCGAAGGUUUGCGAAAAACAAAAAUGAUUGUUGAAGCCGAAAAGGAAGGCAUUAAGUUGCAUCAAGCGAGUUUUUCAAAUUUGAUCAACCAAAAGGAAAAUACUGAUACCGAGACCGAUAAAAUGAAAGUGGAAGUUUGUGAUAAUGCUGAAGUAACGCAGAAUCGAAACUACAACGAAACAAGAGUGGAGUCUUCAUCCAAGACAGAAAUCGCUAUGGAAGAAGUUAACUCUAAACAAUCACCAAAAGGGAAAGCCAUUCAAGCUCGUAUUUUUUGGAAUGAUUUAAACGGAAAUAUUGCUACAUUAUCUAUUAUCACAAUGGCUGUAAGUGUCAAAUGUGCAAAAUGUAAUGCAUUAUCUUUCCUGAUUUGCUCAGUGAAACAACUUUCUACAUCACACUGCAAGAAAUGUUUAAAUGGCUCAUCAAUCCACAUUUCUCCUCAGCUCGUACAUCAGAAUUCAAAUGUUAUUGCAUUACUUGAACCAAAAGGCUGUAUUCCAGUAGAUUGUGUGCUACUUUCAUCAAAAUUAUCUUAUACCUGUUUACAAUGCAGUAAAGAGGCUACAGUUGAGAAUCUUACAUAUGGAGUAUCUAAUAAAAGUUGGUGUUAUGGCUGCCAUAGUAAAUGUGAAUUUGAGAUUAGAACUAUUCGAUUUGUUGGUGAUUUUAAUGCAAUUGAGAAAGAAGAUAGCUCUGUACCAAAAGGCAAACAAAAAAAGAAGAAAGUUGAGCGAUCAGUAAUGUUAGUUGAAGGUCAACCACUUCCCGAAAAUGGAACAUGCAAACAUUACAAGAAAAGCUAUCGAUGGUUCAGAUUUCCCUGUUGUGGAAAGCUUUAUCCCUGUGAUCAGUGCCAUAACGACGCUGAAAAAGAGCAUGAGAUGAAGCUGGCUAAUCGAAUGGUCUGUGGUUUUUGCAGUAAGGAACAGCCAUUUCAAAAAGCCAAACCAUGCAUAAAUUGCAAUGAGAAUGUUACUCGUGUAAAAUCACAUUUCUGGGAAGGUGGAAAAGGAUGUCGAGAUCAAGUCGUAAUGUGCAGGAAUGACAGACGAAAGUACGCAAAUAGUUUGAUAAAGACUGUUUCCAAUAAACAUGCUGCACAGUUGAAAUUUAAAGAUGAUAAUAAAAAGAAGUGA